GCUAAGUCACUGCACAACACUAACAAAGUGGAGUGAAAGAAAUUGCAUUUGUCAUCUCACAUGAAUUAAAUCGAAAACUUUUAAAAGCAUGGAGAACGACAAGGCAGAGCAAGAGGUCGAACCUGCCUCGGGCUCAUCCAACGAGGACACCGACGAGGAUGUCGAUAUCGAUGCGGAUAUAGAGGAAAGUCCACGUGGACGCAAAAGUGUUAGCGCCAUAAUAGCCGAAAUGGCCAUCAGGAACGAACAGGAGGCAGCCAGCAACAGCAGCAAUCCGCGCACCCAAAAAGAAGACGAACAAAGGCGAAUGGAGUUAUCUCAUCUCUCACCGGCUGCCAUGGCCGCCUACAUACGUGAGCUGGAGGCGGAGCUGUAUGAGCUGAGCCAAAGGGAGGCACGGGAGCUGUCGCGCAGCAAACACCUGCGAAUCUUUGGCAACAAUCGCAGACGCUCCAGCAAGUGAGGCAUGGGAGAGCGGAGAGUAGGGGAUUACGAUUGCCGUAUACGCUCGUAUAUCAAAUAAAUGACCAUCAAUGAAUGAA